CCCUACUACAACACGCGGGUCAACCCUGAUAUUUGAAACUAAUCCAUGUCGAUUAUAUGUUUUUAAACCUAAAUGCACAUUCUCUGACUUUAAAAAAAUGGUGCUGGCAGCUUCACGCAGCAGGUCAGUCCUUUUUCUCAAAUGCAACAUUGUGUGUUCACCCAGGACUCCAUGUUUGUGGUUUUCAACUGAUGACAGUGUUUUAGCUGAGCAGAGGAAACCACAGUCAAAGCCCCAGCAGAGAAGAAGUCAGAAGGGACCUCCCUGUUCGUGGGAGGAGAGGCUGGCGGAUGUGGUCACCCCUCUGUGGAGGCUCAGCUACGAUGAGCAACUUGAGCUGAAGCAAAACCACCAGCUGAGGAUCCUGUCCCAGCUCUCCGGGCAUCAAUCACAGUCCUUCUCCCCGGCGAGAGGUAGACUCAGCUUCCCCGUCCUGUCCAUCCUGCCCUCCCCAGUGAGGGACGGCUACCGCAACAAGUCCACCUUUUCUGUCAACAGAGGACUGGAUGGAAACCCAAAGACGGUGGGCUUCUACGUGGGCACAGGCCGGCAGGGGAACAUCGUCUGCGUCAGGGACCACCUGCUCAACAUGCCGGAGAAGCACAAACAAGUGGCCAGAUGCUACCAGGACUUCAUCCGCCUGUCCCCAUUAGAGCCCUGCCUGCAGUUCCACACCGGGGGUCACUGGAGAGAGGUCACCGUGAGGACCAACACGGAGGGCCGCACCAUGGCUAUAGUCUACUUCCAUCCGCAGAGUCUCACUCAAGAGGAGGUGGCGGUCCAUAAGGCUGACCUGGUGGGUCACUUUACGCAGGGUCCUGGAUCUGUGUGUCAGCUGGACUCACUGUUCUUCCAGGAGAGUAGCAUGACUCGCUGCACUCAUGAGGAAUCGCCCUACCAGCUGCUGCAUGGUCAGCCACACUUAUACGAGGAGUUGCUGGGAUUCAAGUUCCGCAUCUCUGCUGACGCCUUUUUCCAAGUGAACCAGGCGGCUGCUCAGGUGCUCUAUGGGACAGUGAGAGACCUGUGUGUCCCAAACACAGAGGAAGGCAGAGAAAGAAGGACACUUGGUGGUAAUCUUUUAGACGUGUGCUGUGGGACAGGUGCUAUUGGCAUUACCAUAUCACCCAGAGUGGACAACGUUAUUGGUAUAGAGCUCAUAGAGCAGGCAGUGGAAGAUGCAAGACACAACGCAGCUUUCAAUAACGUCCUGAACUGUGAGUUUAUUCCUGGUAAGGCCGAGGUGGUGCUUCCUGGACUCAUGUCACGGCUGAGCUCCACAGGUGGAGGCCUCACAGCUGUGGUAAACCCUGCUCGGGCUGGCCUGCACCCCAGAGUGGUCCGAGCGUUACGAAACCAGCCUUCUAUUCGCCGUCUGGUCUACGUCUCCUGUAAACCACAAGGAGAGGCUAUGAGGAACUUCAGGGAGCUGUGCUGUGAACCCGACCCGCAGAAGAAACUCACAGGAGACUCGUUCUCUCCUACUCUGGCUGUGCCUGUGGACAUGUUCCCACACACUCCUCACUGUGAACUGGUGCUCCUUUUUGAACGCUAGCAAAUGUGUCACACUCAAAGGUUUAACGGGUUUAAUCUUUCACCAACAAUGCUGCUUUAGAAGGAGAACACGGGGUUGAAUAAUGAUUUACAUUUGCUAGAUGAUAAUAGAGGUGUUUGUAACCACCACUCUACAGACAGAGUGGUUUUUACUUGAUUAAACCUCCUUUCAGGCUUCUGUGGUACCACUGAUUGUAACCUCUGUUAAGAAGGUUAUGUUUUCAUCUUUACCAUUUAUUUGUUUGUCAGCAGGACUAUGGGAAAAACCACUGAAUAGAUUUCUUUGUGCAAGUACAGGACAUGGGCAUAGAGAGAGACCAGUUCAUCUUGAACAGAUCUAAGAAUAGUUUUUCACUUUAUUUUGCAUUUUGAGAUAUGUCUUUCUGAGAUAAAUUUUCAUAAAUUUCCCAGCGAAUAAUUAUCCUAUUGUCUUUACCCAUUUCACACUUGCACGGUCCUGUCAAUAAAGGCAAAAAGGGCCAAAAAUAUAUGUGCGUGCAAUAAGGAGCCGCUUGAACCUAAGUGGAGACGUGGAGAUGAAUCAUUUCCGUUCAUCUAUACGGACUUUUUUUCAUUAACCAUUUACGCUAUACAAUCUCUUACACUGUUUUUAUCUGAGGCUAUCACAUUAGAUUUAUUACAUUAUACUAUCAACUGUGCACAAUCUGUUGGAACUGCCGCUUACUCUGCCCUGCAGUAGCCCUGUUUGUGCAAUAGGUGGUGUCAGUACUGCCUCUUUGCCUCCAUCCCUCAAGGGAACAGGGUGAAAACAGCUUUUGCAAAACCCCCUUGUUGGUCCAUCCCAUUCAUAUCAGUUCACUAAAGUUCAGAACAUGGUGUAUACAGUAUAACCGUUAGUGGUCACCAUCGUUUAAGUGUGGUCAUACAUUACGACAGGGCUCGAAGAUAGGAUGUUCUUUUAUCUCCUUGCAUGAAGUAAUGGGAUGAUUAUGCUUAAAUCGUCCAGGCGGUGCCAAGGUAAACACUCAGUCAGGGAACUGAACUAUAUUAGCCCCACAACAGCUGCCAGGGUUACUGUGUACAUAAAUGUCACCAGUCUUGUGCUUUAGUCCGAAAAACUCUUGAAUAAUACAAAU